AUGGUGCCGGCUGAUGCCGGAUCGUCGCGGCGGCAGCAUGCAUUGGUGACCAUCUGCUUGCUGGCUGUUGCUGAAGCCUCAUGUUCGGGUGGCAUCUUGUGCGAUGGGACGACGAAGUCCGACUGCGAGUUCUUCUCGAGCUGUACCUGGAGCAGCGGCAGCAGUAGCAGCACAACUUGCACGGGCCUGUCGAGCUUCUGCUCAGGUCAGACGACUCAGCGGGAUUGCGAGUUCUGGAAUUGCAACUGGGGCUCUGGAUCCAGCAGCGGCGGCGGCAGCACGGGUGGCAAUUCAGGACCCUUCAACCCCUGCAGCACGAAGAUCAGCGACGGGAACUAUUGCGUCGGCGACACGUUGAUCACCUGCGCAAACCGUGGUGUCACUCGAUCGCAGUACUGUAGCGCUGGGGACUGCAGCGACACGGGCCUCGGAAAUGCCGUAUGUGGGAAUCGCCUCUUCUGCAGUGCGAAGAUCUCGGGCAGCUACUGCGACGGACGGUAUCUGAAGGUCUGCAGCAGCAGUUCUGUGACGUCGACGCAGGACUGCAGGGAAGCGGGCUGCGACGAAUUCACUCCGGGCAGGGCAAGCUGUGGCAGUGCCAACUUCUGCACUGCGAAGCUCGACGGCGACUACUGCGACGGCGAGGUGAUCAAAAGAUGUCCCAGCGGUGAGGUGGUGGAGAUCUGCCGAGGCAACACUUGCUCUGAACAGCUGCGGUCGGCAGCUUGUGGAGACGUCAGGUUUUGCUUGGCGAAGCCCAGCGGCCGCUUCUGCGACGGCAGCUACAUGAAGACCUGCGGGGCUGGUGAGAGCACGGGCUCCGUGUACUGUGGCACCACUUGCUCGGAUGCUGGUGUGAAUGAAGCUGAGUGCGGUACGCCGCGCUUCUGCCAAUCCAAGCUCCAGGGAAGCUACUGUGACGGGCGUGUCCUCAAGGCUUGUGGCUCCGGGAAUGCACCAGUUUCGCAGUCCUACUGUGACGGAGGUUGUGCAGAGUGGUCGAUCGGAGUGGCUGGAUGCGGUGCUGCGGAUGCGGCCUCGGGGGGAGGUCUCAGUGGCUUAGCCGCUCCAAUGGCUGCUGUCACUCCUGCUUUGGCAUUGCUGCUUAGCCCAGCAUGGCUCCUUUUCUGA